UAUGCACAGCCAUUCACCGUCAUCUUCAGUUAGACCAUCAUCCCCUGUGGCACAGUCUUUUGGAGAGCAAGCCGAAGAAUUUGAUGCACCCAUAGACGGUUCCAAUGGUAGGAAGGAGGAUGAUGAUUGUACUAUACCGUUUGAGCCUAUCGUACCUGGAGGACCCUCUGUGGAGGAUUCCUGGGCUUUGGUGCCAUAUCGGCCUUUGCAUUUCGGGUGGGAUAUCGGUGCUUCAGCUGACAGUCCACAUCAUGACCAAUCAGCUGAGAUUGAGGUGGAAGAUCGGACGCAUAACGUUGGUGAUACAAGCCGAUUCGGUCGAGUUUACCACCAGUCACAUCACGUCAUCUCUCCUUACACCGACCCGUGUAAAAAGAAGGUCAAAUUUAAUCUUAAUCGACCUAUUGAUGCAUCAAAGGAGAGGGCGUUCGAUGAGUGGUAUAGGGUGGCACCGAAGGAAGCAACCGUGUGUACAUCUUAUAUAACGGUGGGAAAGAAAUGUUUUACUGAGCUACUAACCUCUGAAGGAUGGUUGAAUUCCGAUCAUAUUGACACUAUUUUGUAUUUCAUACGAAAAAGGCGGUUUGAUAAUGAGAAGAUGUUCACCAACACCUGUGCCAUAUUAGACGUGUUAUUUUGGUCAUCCAUCAAAGGGCGUUAUCCCAUAUGGAGGGCAUCUCGUAGCACAUAUUCAUGUGAUGCGACCCUUUGUAGCUAUGUGCGUGGGAAGUCACCCAAACCUAGCGUGUCGUGGCGGAUAUGUGAUUAUUGUACAUCCCUGUCAACAAUGGAGGCGCGCAAUGGUUGGCAGCAUGUGUGGACUUGAAGGCCCGACAUAUUGAUUUAUACGAUCCAAAUAUGGGAAAUAAAUAUGUCCAGAAUAGAGAGUUGAAGAAUGCGGAAUGCCUUACGUAUAUGCUGCCUUACCUAUUGAGGGAUGGGGGAUAUUACGAGAAGAAUCCGGACGUGCCCCCCACUUUAGAUCCAUUCACGAUGACCAUGA